UCUUGGUUCAUAAUCAAAGCGCUAGUCAUCAUAAGAACACCAUGAAAUGCAGAACACAUUCAGCUGAUCGCCUUCCAGUCCAGCAGCUCGAUCGCUUCCUCCUGUCGUCCACCUGGAAGUGGAAGGACACAGGCCAUAGCCAUGGCUUCUCUCUGCGCGUCCACCACCACCACCAUCUCUGCCUUCCUACUCAUACUCUUCAUCCAUUCCGGCCACUCUCCGGCCGCCGCAUUCUACCUCCCGGGUAGCUAUCCUCAGCGGUACCGCCCUGGCGACACCCUUGCCGCCAAGGUGAACUCCCUGACCUCGCCGUCCUCCAAGCUCCCCUACCCUUACUACUCCCUUCCCUUCUGCGCCCCGCAACACGGUGCGAGGCACGCUGCGGAGAGCCUCGGCGAGCUCCUCCUCGGCGACCGCAUCGAGACGUCGCCGUACCGCUUCUCCAUGCUCAACAACACCACCACGCCAUUGUUCCUCUGCCGCACCGACCCGCUGUCCCCUGGCACCACCGAGCUCAUCAAGUCCCGCAUCGAUGACGCCUAUCAGGUCAACCUCCUCCUCGACACCCUCCCUGUCAUGCGCUACGUGAAGAACCCGGUCGCGCCCGACGUGCUCCACCGAUCCACCGGCUUCCCCGUCGGUGUCCGCGCCGACGACGGCGAGUACUACGUGUACAACCACAUAAAGCUCACCGUGCUGGUGAACAAGCAGAACACCACCACCAGGGUGGAGAGCUUGAUGGCGACCGCCGACGGGUCCGAUCUGAUCAGCUUCACCGGCGGCAAGGAGGGCAGCGGCUACACGGUCGUCGGGUUCGAGGUCGUCCCGUGCAGCGUGGAGCACGACGCGGCGGCUAUCAAGAACAAGAGCAUGUACGACGAGAUCACGUUGAAGGCAACCACCGGCUGCGACCCGUCGGUGGUGAGCAUGCGCGUGCAGGACAACAUGCCGCUGGUCUUCUCCUACGAGGUGGCCUUCGUGGAGAGCAGCAUCGAGUGGCCGUCGCGCUGGGACGCGUACCUCGAGAUGGGUGGUGCCAAGGUGCACUGGUUCUCCAUCCUCAACUCCAUCGUGGUGGUCUCGUUCCUGGCCGCGAUCGUGCUCGUCAUCCUGCUGCGCACCGUGCGACGCGACCUCGCGCAGUACGAGGAGCUCGGCGGCAGCGAGUCUGGGACGCACGCGGACGAGCUAGCCGGGUGGAAGCUCGUGGCCGGCGACGUGUUCCGGGAGCCCAGCCACCCGGUGCUCCUCUGCGUUCUCGUCGGCGAUGGCGUGCGCAUCCUGGGUAUGGGCGUGGUCACCAUCGUCUUCGCCGCGCUCGGGUUCAUGUCGCCCGCGUGCCGCGGCGCGCUGGUCACCGGCAUGCUGUGCUUCUACCUCGUCCUAGGCGUGGCCGCCGGGUACACGGCCGUGAGUCUCUGGAAGACGGUUCGGCAGGGCGACACCGACGGGUGGAAGUCCGUGGCGUGGCGCGCGUCGUUCGCCUUCCCGGGCGUCGGGUUCGCCGUGUUCACCGUGCUCAACUGCGUGCUCUGGUACAACGGAAGCACCGGAGCCGUGCCGUUCCUGCUGUUCGUCGUCAUCCUCCUCCUGUGGUUCUUCGUCUCCGUGCCUCUCACCCUUGCCGGGGGCCUCCUCGCCUCCCGCGUUCGCCACAUCGAGUUUCCUGUCAAGACCAACAAGAUCGCCCGCCAGGUGCCGGCGGCACAGUGCUCGCCGUGGGUGUUCGUGGCGGUGGCCGGGACGCUGCCGUUCGGGACGCUGUUCAUCGAGCUCUUCUUCAUCAUGUCGAGCCUGUGGCUGGGCCGCGUCUACUACGUGUUCGGGUUCCUGCUGGUGGUGCUGUCGCUGCUGGUGACGGUGUGCGCCGAGGUGUCGGUGGUGCUCACGUACAUGGGCCUGUGCGUGGAGGACUGGCGGUGGUGGUGGCGCGCCUUCUUCGCCUCCGGCUCCGUCGCGCUCUACACCCUGAGCUACGCUGUCUACUACCUGGUGUUCGAGCUGCAUAGCCUCGCCGGGCCCGUUUCUGCCGCGCUCUACGUCGGCUACUCCUUGCUCAUGGCUCUCGCCGUCAUGCUCGCCACCGGCGCUGUCGGACUCGGCGCCUCGUUCUGCUUCGUCCACUACCUCUUCUCCACCGUCAAGCUGGACUGAUUCGUCGUGCCGUACGAGUUAGACUUCCGCCGUAGCCAUGUGCUAUGGUGACCGGACGUGUCGUGCUUCUUCUUCUUUUUUUUUUUCUUGAAUACGUUUUUUUUCCUAAAUAAAUAGUAGAAUUUUUUUAUGGCCACAACAUGAAGAUGACAUUUUCAUGACAAUCAACAAUGAAAUGAUUUUUGGCUGGAAGCUAGCUAUCUUCUUCUUCGCUAACAUUAGGUUGUUGAAACUGCACAUUCAAAUCAGGUCAUAAAACUGCAGGAUAAAAUUGUCUUACUAUGUUAAGUGUGACUUCCCCUUGCUUAAGAUUACUAUCCACAAAUUUGGUUACCUUUCUUAAUAAGGCUACGGCCUAUUAGUUUGACCUCGCCUUGCUUAAGAUCUCAUGUUAGUACGUCUUCCGGGCAUCAAAGUCCACGACUUUGCUUGAUCCAUCCUGCAACUCUAAACCUUUUCGUAAAACAGAGAUGUCUCAUUGUUCCUUUUCACGCGAGAAAGGUAGCUUAUAUUUUCAACUCGCACAAAGAAAAAAGAGAACAACAAGUCCGUGCUUUGUACACGUUCAAACCCAUAUUAUCAUUAUCUAUCUCUCACCAUCCUUAAUCUUAUGUAUACCCAUUGGAUAA